AUUGCUCCUCAUGCUGCCAAUAUCGACGCCACAAAUUCAAUCCCGAAGAAUGUGAAUCUCUGGAAACUGAUGGGCGACUUCAAUUUGCACGGCAUCACGGCUCCUGGCAAUGGAGGAAAUUAGUCGCGCUUCUGGAUUCGUUGGUCUCUCAUACGGUGCUCAUUCCAAUCUUUGCAUCAACCAGCUGAAGGAAAAAUAUUUACCACAGUUGAUAAGCGGAGACCAUGUGGGGGCCCUCGUGAUGAGCGAACCAAAUUCGGGGUCUGAUGUGGUCAGCAUGAAAUGCAAGGCUGUACGCGUGGAUGAGGGAUACAUCUUGAACGGAAACAAAAUCUGGUGCACCAAUGGACCUGUUGCUAAUACUUUGAUAGUGUACGCGAAAACUGACCUGAGUGCUGGAGCACAUGGAAUCACCGCGUUUAUUAUUGAAAAGGGGAUGCAAGGCUUCAGCACAGCUCAGAAGCUAGAUAAGCUUGGAAUGCGUGGAAGUGAUACGUGCGAAUUGGUGUUUGAAAACUGUUUCGUUCCCCGAGGACAUAUUCUUGGCCAGGAAGGCAAAGGUGUUUAUGUGAUGAUGUCCGGACUGGAUCUAGAAAGGCUGGUACUCGCAGCUGGUCCCGUGGGCCUGAUGCAGGCUUGCAUGGAUAGUGUACUUCCAUAUGUUCGGCAGAGGGAACAAUUCGGAAAGCCAAUAGGAGAGUUUCAGCUUAUGCAGGGAAAAUUACCUGAUAUGUACACCAAACUGCAAGCUGCAAGGUCGUUUGUGCACUCGGUUGCUCGAGACUGUGACGCUGGUCGCAUUGACAGAAAGGAUUGUGCUACAGCAAUACUUUUUGCUUCUGAAAAUGCAACUCAAGUCGCUCUACAGGCGGUCCAGUGCCUUGGCGGGAAUGGCUAUGUGAACGAUUAUCCUACGGGCAGGCUACUCAGAGACGCUAAACUAUACGAAAUUGGAGCUGGAACAAACGAGAUCCGAAGGAUGUUGAUAGGGAAGCAGCUCUACAAAGGUGAUUAUUAAGUCGACCAAAUUCUCCCCGCAAUCGAGGAAAAUUCACACAAAACGAAAUGGACGGUUUGACGAAACCCACGAAUGGUCAGGAUCUUUUGCUCGUUAAGUUGCCAUUUGGCAAGUUUGUAUUCUGCCAGAUGUAAGAGUGAGGCUGGAUUGCCCAUCUGACAGCGAGACCGACCGCACCAGACUCAAUGGCCAGUAUGACAUUGAUGAGUU